AGCCAAUAGGAAGCCGUCGGGCGGGGCUGAGCCGCCGGUGGAAGCGAGGGGCAGCGAUGGCGGCCCUGGCCGUGCUGGCGCUGCUGCUGCUGGCGGCCUGCGGCGGGCCGCGCGCGGCGGGGCAGAAGCGGAAGGAGAUGGUAUUAUCAGAAAAAGUGAACCAGCUGAUGGAGUGGGCGAGUAAAAGAUCUGUAAUCCGAAUGAACGGAGACAAGUUUCGACGCUUUGUGAAGGCACCACCCAGAAAUUACUCUGUGAUCGUGAUGUUCACCGCUCUUCAGCCUCACAGACAAUGCGUUGUGUGCAAGCAGGCUGAUGAGGAAUACCAGAUUCUGGCAAACUCCUGGCGAUAUUCCAGUGCAUUUACCAAUAAGAUUUUUUUUGCUAUGGUCGAUUUUGAUGAAGGCUCAGAUGUGUUUCAGAUGCUAAACAUGAAUUCUGCUCCAACCUUCAUUAAUUUUCCUGCUAAAGGGAAGCCUAAACGGGGUGACACGUAUGAACUUCAGGUGCGCGGCUUUGCAGCUGAGCAGCUUGCUCGUUGGGUGGCUGACAGGACUGAUGUCAAUAUUCGUGUGAUAAGGCCACCAAACUAUGCUGGACCAUUGAUGUUAGGACUGCUGCUGGCUGUCAUUGGAGGCCUUGUGUAUUUGCGUGGAAGCAAUCUGGAUUUUCUGUACAACAAAACUGGCUGGGCAUUUGCUGCUUUGUGUUUUGUAUUAGCAAUGACGUCAGGCCAGAUGUGGAACCACAUUAGAGGGCCACCCUAUGCUCAUAAGAAUCCCCAUACAGGACAAGUGAGCUAUAUCCAUGGAAGCAGCCAAGCCCAAUUUGUUGCAGAAACGCACAUUGUUCUUCUGUUCAAUGGUGGUGUUACUUUAGGAAUGGUUCUCCUCCAUGAAGCUGCUACUUCUGACCUGGAUGUGGGGAAAAGAAAAAUCAUGUGUAUAGCUGGUAUUGGCUUGGUGGUGUUGUUCUUCAGUUGGCUGCUCUCUGUCUUCAGAUCAAAAUACCACGGAUACCCGUACAGUUUCCUAAUGAGUUAAAGGAUUCCAGAAUGUAACAUCAGAAAGGCGGUGGCUCUGAAAUGGUGUGGGAUGGAACGGAAGAGCUCACUAUGAAUGGUUCACGCUACCUCUCUUUACACUGAAUGAGAUAGUUAAACACUGAACCAAAGACAACGUGUAGUGCCUUAAAUAAAACAAGCAAUGUGCUCUUAAGGACAGAGUAUUAAGAUGCAAUCUCUCUCAUAAGCUUUACAUCUUCUGAAACAACUUUGAAUCUAACGAAGUUCAGAACUUUGUGUUUAGAACUACUAUGUUUCCUUAGACUAACCAGAAACAGUACUUUAAAUUCAGUUGCAUAAUCUGUUUUCCAUGGUUUAGUUCCCCUCAGAUAUUUCUUAUUCACACGUAACAGGUGACAGUAGCUUUUCUGUCAUGCCUCUUCAUGGUUGAUGAAACCUCCUCACGUACCUGCAUAUCUCUUCCUUCUGUCUGUGUGUGACCCUCUGAGCAUACUUCAGAUUCCAGGAUGUGCGUGUCCUAGAGCUGGAUCUGAAUGUUGAGAAGAGCACUGAACUGCUGUGUGACUCAAGAGAUCGCUUCGCAGAUGAAGGAAGAAUUCUUCAUGUAGAAAUGACUCAUUAAAACUUAAAUUAACAUUUCACAGGGUGAUCUACUAAUCAGUUUUAUAGCUGAUAUUCAGGACUGGAAAAAAACCUAGGUGUAUUUAUUUGUCUUCCCCCACUAAAUUACAAAAAUGAUAAACUCUGCUGUUCUUGAUUUGAUUGAAGUCCCUACUUGUUAUGGAGCAACUUCUUUAAUUAUUAAUUAAAAACUUUCUUUGCCAAAUACUGAAACUACAUCAAUUAACUUGUAAGCACUGCCUUAGAGCUGAAAAAACAUUCACAUGGCAAUCCCCCCCCCCCCACCCCAAACAAACAAACAAAAAAAAAAAAAACACGAAAAGCUGAUUACAAAGUUAACUGAUUAUCUGUCACGUGAAUUACAGGUUGCUAACUGGCUUUAAAGUUACUGCUCAAACCACCUGGUGUCAGAUUUUGGUCACUAUUUAAGCUCUCACGUUCUGUUUUCUCCAAGUUUUGUUUCAGCCUUAUGUACUUGGGAGGACGUGGGAGUGGGCAGAGCUAUCGAAUUUCAGGAUAAAUAUUGUUACUCCAGGAAAGAUUUGUUAGCCUUACAGUUGAAUGGAUGUGCUUUUUGCGCUCUCAUCUCACAAAGGUGCUUUGUCUUGAGGAUUCUCGAAUAGAAGACCUUGUGCGUCAGCCCCCACUGUUGUGUAAUUCAGCAUCUGUACUACAGGAAAUCUGUGGCCUUCUUCAGUAAUAAUCCUUCUUGUAGACUAUGGUGGCCUUGGAGGUUUCUGGUCAGAGGAAAAUGUCUUCUGCUUCUGCCUCUCUCCAGUCUCAAGGGGUUGCAGGAUUUGGCCGCUUUAGAUUUAAGCUCAAAAAGGGCUAUAUUGUUCAAAGUAGAAUGUUUUUCUUAUGCAAUUUUGCUAACUUAACACAGAGCUCAAGUGCCUUAACUUUGCCAAUUUAGUUGUUUGACAUUUCAACUUGUUGGUGAGAUGCGUUUUUUGAUGCCAUACAGAAUGCAAAGUCCUAGUGGAAUGGAUAAAAUGUGUGCUUGGCUGGAUUUUGGACAACUUUUAAUAAAAUUUUUUAAAUCUAA